UAAUAAUAAAAUGUGGCCGGAAUAUGAACGCGUUGAUUGGCGGUAUCCGUGUGAAGCGCCUCCUUUGGAUGCGUGUGUAACGCGAUCGGCGGCUGUUCCGGCCGGCGGCUGUGUUUACAUUCGGGAUGCCCGACUUCGGGAUCUCUGGGCUCGGACACGUUCGGCAGCUCUGGGCUCGUGACAUGUCACUGGACCUGCAUAGGAUUGCGUUAUUUCAGGGGUUUUGUUUUGCUGGGGCGUUCUGUUACUGACGUGUCUAUCUGCGUAGCAGUAUUUUGCGUGUAUGCAUAAUAUAUCUGUAUUGUUGACUGUGUGCAUGUGUACAAAAUAUGUAUGCAUACACAAAUACAGAUAAUGCAGUAUACUUACUGGAAGGAAGUGGUGCGGUUUUAAAGUCAUCUAGGAAAGCUGCUAAAUAGAAAACUGUUCAAUACAUUCCCGCGACCUUGUCCUGGUUAUGCGGAAGAUAGGGGUGUUUAAAGCAUAUUUCACGUUAAGAAGUACCUUUUAAAGAAAUGUUUUUGUUUUUAAAUUCAGUCAAGUAAUGUGAACUGUGGCUCCAUUCUGGCUAUAUAACUGAAAUGAAGCAAUCAUGCGUUGUCGUUGUUCUCAAAUGUAAAUGCCAUGCUGCUGUUUUUGACUGGUGUUUCCAUCGAAAGCUUCUCCUAUGGUUCUGUUGUGACACUAUGUGACAUUGUUGUGAAAAUUAACAAAACCAAAUUUAUUUUGUUUAUGUAAUGCAUUUAAGUGCCUAGAACUCUGUGAAAUAAAAAAAUCACAACCUAUGUAUUAUUAUUAUUAUUAUUAUUAUUAUUAUUAUUAUUUUUAUUAUUAUUUUGCUUACACAUUUGGAAUUUAAUCCUAUGUCAGUCAGAGUGCAGUACUUUUAACAUGGAGAUUUUUUAUCUGGUGACUCGCUGAGUGCCUGCACCGCGUUUCAUGGCCUGUGCACCCCUGCCUCCGUGUUCCUUCUUUUGGCUUUUUUUUUUUUAUGUGGCUUACACUGCUGCCUCAGCAUUAUCCCCACAAUUUGCGGUCAGAUGUGCUCUUUGAGAAAUCUUCCUGCAAUGUUGACAGCAUGGAAAUGUCAGUUGGUGUGUUGUCAGGACAUGUUUUACAGUACAGUGAUAUCUCCCCCACCCUUAUCUCUUUAUGCAGGUUUUAUAAUUUUUUUCCCGCAGAUCUUCCUUUAUGGCUCCUCUCAGCAUAGUCUGUGGAGGGUCGGUCAAAGCCUGGUGAUGAUGAAUGAAUUGCAUGGACUGAAGCAAAUUGUGGAUCCCCCCCUGUCCGAGUCCGGAAUUGUUGCUGACAUAGACUUGGAGAACAUCCUGUCCUCUGACACUGACGCAUUCUACCAACUCAAGAGCCAGCCGAUCACCAUCAGCCAUUCCGUGACCCAGGCCUCCCCCUCCCCCCCGACGGGCUCUGCCAUGACGUCACGUGUGCUGCUGCGUCAGCAGCUGAUGCGGGAGCAGACCCGAGACCAGGAGCGGCGCGAGGCCCAGCAGCAGGCUUCCACAGCCCAGCUACGGCCCGCCGACUCAUCCCCCGCCAUCUCUGUCUCGGUACCCUCUUCCGCCGCCCGCCAGACCCCGGCGCAGGUGCCUGCAGAGGUUCUCAGGGUGCAGAGCCAUCUUGAGAAUCCCACCAAGUACCACAUCCAGCAGGCCCAGCGGCAGCAGGUCAAGCAGUACCUGUCCACCACCCAUGGAAACAAGGUGGCCAACCAGGCGCUGGCAGCGUCGCCCUCGCCGCAGUCUGGCUCCGCCCCCGAGCUGGCCCCGGCCCCAGGCAGCACCCCCAACAGCCCCAUGGCCCUGCUGAACCUGGGCUCCAACAAAGAGGAGAUUGAUGUCAUUGAUGAUAUCAUUAGCAUGGAAUCAAGUUUCAAUGAUGACAUCAUGACCUUGAUCGAUUCCGGCCUACCGCUGCGCAACACGUUGCCUGUGUCGGGUAAUGUGCUGGAUGUGUUCAGCACAACACAAAUGGCAGCUCCUGCUAUUACUGUCAGCAACUCCUGCCCGGCAGAUCUGCCCAACGUCAAGAAGGAGCUGACUGAUGCUGAGGCAAAGGCUCUCAUGAAGGAGCGACAGAAGAAGGACAACCACAACCUGAUUGAGAGGAGGCGGAGAUUUAAUAUAAAUGACCGUAUCAAGGAACUUGGCGCACUCAUUCCCAAGUCAAGCGACCCGGAGAUGCGCUGGAACAAGGGCACCAUCCUGAAGGCCUCGGUGGAGGAGAUGGAGAUGAGGCAGAAGAGGCUGGAGCACGCUAACCGCAGCCUGCUGCUGCGGGUCCAGGAACUGGAGAUGCAGGCCCGUCUUCAUGGCCUCACCGCGUCUGCCUCCCCGACCCUGGCCUCCGACCAAGACCGGCAUCCGCAGCAGCAGCCGCUUGCUGGCCCAGCACUAGAGUCCAGAUCCGGGGGCGUCCUGUCCCAGAACCUCAUCACCUUGGGAGGGUCGGGAAUCGGAGGUGGGAUCGCACCGCAGUCUGCCUCCUUUCUGUCUCUGGGCUCUGCCCCCCCAGCAGGCUUGGCCUCCAACAACCCUCUUGAUCUGGAUGCUUUGAACUUUGCUGGGAUGGAUGAUCCCUCCGCCACGGCCUUUGACCCUGCCAUGAUGUCGGACACCACUUUCGAAUCGACCCUAAUGUCAGACAUGGGUAUUCUCAUGGAUGAGGGGUGCGCCCUAUCCCCCGUUGGGGCCGCCGACCCUCUCCUUUCCUCCGUGUCCCCAGGAGCCUCUAAGAGCAGCAGCCGCAGGAGCAGCUUCAGCGUGGACGAGGAUUUGUGAUGUUGCCGGAGCUCUCCAUGAGCAGUCGGCUUGGGAGACGUAGGGUCUUCGUCUCUAGGGUUGCUUUGAUUGAUACGCUCUUGGGGUGCCCAGUCUCCUUAGGUCAGCGAGAGGUGACUGCCUGCAGAGUUGCCAAAUUAGAUUCUCUACUGUAAUAUUAAUAACAACAAAGUUCUGAAAACGAUCUUAUUCUGAAAGUAAGUUAUUUCAGCUAAAGGUUUUUGCCACGGAUCAGCAGUGGCAAUAAGAAUGCAAGGCAGUACUAUGGCUUCCCCGUGCAUUCAGCGAAGGAACAGGUGUGGAGCCGCUCAUUCCAGAGGACAUUUACAGUGGACUUGGAAAAUUAGCAGAGCUUUAGAUGUGCGUCUGUGUCUCUGUUAUCGGCACCACGCCUACGGAAAUAGAAGCACUGUCAUACUCAGAGGGAUGAAAGGCUUUAAGCGUUGCUGGUUCUGGUUUGUUUCAGUGAAACAAAGACGUACCCGAGAAAAAAGUAUCCAGAGAGCCAGAGAUAUUUUUAUUUACUUUUAAAUCCUAGCCUUAGUAUGUUUUAAAUGUGAAUUUGUGCAUGAAUCUACAGUAUGUCCAACAUCAAAGGACUGUUGCCUGUCUAUUACAAACGUCAUACUGGUGUUUUCCAGCUGCAAAUUUUUCAAAUUGGCACUGCGCUGUCAUUUGCUAUACUGGUCAUUGUAUGCCCUAGCCAUCUGAAUCGGAAGUGAUGGACAAGCAAUCGAGCAUAACCUGAAAACUGUAAUAUUCAGUGUGAAGACAGACAGUUGCCUUCAGUGUCAAGGCAGCCCUAAUAUGCAGCUAAUUAUCAAAAAAUGUAUGUCCUUUCCCCAAGUGAUGGAUCUUAACAUAGAACAUGGCCCUUUACUGAGUCCAACAGUGCCGUACUGACUUCUGUAUGUAAGUAUGACCGUAAGUAGCAGUGGUGGUAACUUUGUUCAGCCAGUAACCAAGGGGGUCUGUCAUUAUUAACGCAAUUUGUCAUGUGUCAUUUUUACCUCUACGGCAUGGGUAACCUUACCAGUUUGCCGUGUGAUUUACCAUACUGCUUUUUUAACUUCAUCUUUUCCUACCAUGUGUCACGUUUGUAUUGAACAGUUUUAGUGUACAGACCUCACUAUUCAUGUGCUUCACCCUUCUUUUGUAAAAUACAUCUUAAUCUUUUUAACAUGUUUUAUUGUUACAGAUAUGCAUUGGAUUGUUUGAGACCUUAAGCAAUAAGUGAAGGUUGCCCAAUCACUGUGAAAAAGCAGUGAUUUUUUUUUUUUGUGCAAAGAACUUGGUAGGCAAUGUGGUUUGUAUACCUAUUAGAAUAUGCAAAUAAAAUUGCUUUUGUUAGAACAUGUCAGAAAUAUAAUUGUAUGAAAUGUUUACAGUAUGGAAACAUUUAUAGCAAUUCAGCUUGCUGUGGAAUAUCUGUACCAUUUUGUUUGUUACUGUAAUUUCAAAACUCUUACAUUUGAGAAUUAAACAUUUAUGUAGGUUACUAGUUUAAUCUGUUCUACCCUAUUCUGUGUGUGGGGUGAAAACUGUUUUUCCUGUUGCAUAUAGCAGAAUAAGGAACAUUUGACUUGAAUUGUUGGUAAUGUUUUUGUAAAAGUUCCAACCCCGUGAACAAAUUUGUAUGACAAUCACAUCUGAGCUUUGUUGAUUGCAUGAGAAAUGAAAGGUAAUUUGUCAAACCACCUCAAACGAAUCCUGUAAAGGUUUCACUUGAAUUAAAACUCCUUCUGUGGGUCUAGAAGGGGCAAACAAAGUAACCUUGUAGGCAAACUGCUUUAGUGGUUAUACCUGUCUGUACAGUGUGUUUGCCAUUGCUGUGUCACCAACACAUUGUCGUGGGCUUGUCAUCUUAAUAGUAACGUGUCUAAUAGAUUUGUUAACAAAACUUGAUGUAUAUGUUUGCACAUAAACACUCCAAAAUUAGCACUGAUGGCUAUACAUGAACUCUGGUUUUCCACAGUGUUCUCUAUCUGAACUCAAUGACCCUUAAUCACCCUUAUGGUUUGUGUGCCUGUAGCAAAACAUACAGGCUUCAGCUUUAGCCGUCCUGUAGAGCAGUGUUUCCCAACCCAGUCCUUGGGAAACCCCAGACAGCGCACCUGUACCAGGUAUUUGGUGUUCCUGAUUGGCUGGGAGCUGAGAGGAAGCAAAAACGUGGACUGUCCGGGGUUCCCAGAGGACUGGGUUGGGAAACACUGCUGUAGACUCUCUGCAUCCAGUUGCCCUCAGCUGAUGGGUUGCUCCAGCACUGUGAGAAUUGUGGGUCUCUCCAGACCUUUAAUUCUGUCACAUAUAGCAGAGUAAAGAAAAGGGAUCUCUUCAGGAUUUACACUGUGGAUUUUCCUUUGUUUCUGUAAUUUUCUGCCUUUUCGUUUUAUGUUAUGAAGUCUUUAAAAAAUAUUGUUGUUUCAGUGGAAAAGCAAUUUAUAUAAAAUAUGAGAAAUAGAUUUUAACCAGUUAGUGGACACUAAGUAUGAAACCCAUCUUGACAAAUUUCAGUGGGGCACAAAGAAAAAUACAUUGAACAUUUUUUAAAUGAUAAUGUACAAACUGCUUUUUUCCAUAUGCAUUGUAUUUGUGUGUUACAUGAACUGUGCAACCCAUGUACAAAACAUUCCUUAACAUAUAUUUUAAAGGGUGUACAAUUGCAUAUAAUAUACAAGUAAAAUGUAUCCAAUAGAUUUUGUCUUAAUGUUUUUAGCAGCAUUUACUCAUAGUUAGUGGUAACACUGUAUGUUGAUUCUUUUAGUUUUGUUUUGAAAAAACUACAUCAAGGGUGGUCAAGUAAUCCAGAGUGUCCUGAGUCUGCUAAAAGUCCAGGAAAUCCAGGCCGUGAUGGUGGGUUUCGGUGAUAACCUCUGACUUUGCAGUACAGUAAGGCCACCCUCGAUGUAAAGUCAAUAUCUCCAAAAUAGUUGUCCGUGAUGUUCUAGUUAGGAUAGAUGUGUCUCACAUCUUAUUGGAAUGUCUGAACCUCUUCACUUCUCAAAUAAAUCUGCAAAUCAAGAUCUAUUUCCAUGAUUGGACAGAGUACCAGUAACUAUCAAGUUUGCUCAGUCUAUGCAAUUUCCCUGUAUUAAGCCAUUUGAUAUAAAAUUAAUAGUUGAAUUCUCAGUGGAGUAAGUGUGUUACACGUGCGUCUGAUCAAAGGGCAGGGGCGGACUGACCAUUGGGAAGUUUGGGUAUGUUCCAGUCCGCCUCUGUCAAAGGGUGACCAUUCUGGAGGUAUAUUCUGUCUCUCAACCUUUCUUUGUGGUGAAAAUGAAGACAAGAGCAAAGACAGCCAGCCACUAUCACCCCACUUUUACUUGGUCAGUCUCUAGAGGCCUGUUAAAUGGCUUUUACCUUUUUUGCGGUGGAGAUGCAAGACCUAUAAUUCAUGUGCAUAUAUGUGUGUUGAUAACAUUAAUAUGAAGGCAUUUAUUUACAGGAGUAGUGAUUUUUAACCAAUUUGUUUUCUUGUGAAGCUGUAGACUCUGUCUUAUAUAUAGUCUGUGUCCCUUUAUGAGCAAUUACUGUUUUUAAAUAUAAACCAAAGUAGCAUACUUAUUUCUAGAUAAAGAAAAAUCAAACUCAUCAACCAGUUGGACUAUACAUGUGGGAUAAUCUGCAUACAUGUAAAUGAAUGGUGUAAUGAUUUGCAGUGUUGCUUCAAUUAAAAAAGUUUACUGUAAACAACUAGUCAUGUAUCUCAGAUUAAAGGGAUUUCAGAUGCUCUUUGUUUUUUUUUUAAAUCACAUGAUCUUUCCCGUAUGUGUAAUUUUUUUUCUUUUCACCCUACCAUAAAAAAUGGUAGACAUCUUGUACAUUUUUUUCUAAGAAUUUAUGUAAAAUAAAUAAAUAUUUUAAGAA